GGGGCAUCCUGCAGAAUAAUUUAUAUAUCCUUAAUACAUAUUCCACAAAAAUUUAAAAAUCAUGAAUAAUUUUGAUGCCCAGCGCGAAGCAUUUAAGAGGCGGAUGGCCGACCAGCCAGUGAUCCAACAACGACGCGCUCAGCCAAGCUCAUCCAUUUUCACCAACACAAUUUCCACCAAACUAUCCAGUCGGGUCACCCGGCCCACCGACGCCCAAUCCUCGUCCAACACCGGCACAGCUGCGUCUAGAUUUCACGAGGACGCGAGUAUUCUCACGCGCGUGCACCAGAUCAUAGAAUUUCUCAAAAAGUCCCAGCGACCUUGCACCACGGAGGAGAUUCAGCUGCACAUUCACGAGUUUAGCGAGGAAAGCCCAGAGUUCCAGCACUUAUCGAAUAACGCAAAAGUCAUAUAUAGCAAUCGAAACAAGACGUUUGCGUAUAGACCCGAGUAUGAUAUUAGGUCGCCCGAGGAGCUAGUUGAGUACCUGAGGAAGCUGCCGGAUCGUGGCGGGCUGGAGGUCAAGAAGCUGGCGGAUUCUUAUUUGGCUGAUAUCCCAAAGCUGGUUUUGGCUAUCACCGAGAAGGACAAGGACAACAGGCCAAGGUAUAUUUUUUACAACCACAUGAUGCUGGACAAUCCGAUCGACGACGAGAUGAAGGCCAGCUGGAAGAGUUUGGUUGUGCCAGAGGAGCCAGAGCUGGGCAAGGAGAUGAAGAGGGCCGGGCUGAGGCAGAUGAAGAAAGAGCUGCAGGAGGUCAACGACAAACCGGAGGUCAAGAAGGCCAAGCGCGCGCAGCGCAUAACAAAGAUCACCAACCAGCAUCUGGGCGACCUUCUUGAUCUCACGAAGGACUACACUCCAGACGCAAACUAAGCUUACCUUUCAUCCUGUCCACAAUAAAUAUAACAUAUAAUGCGGGUUACGCUUGCAUGC